UUGUGUAUACUAAGUUGUAAGCAACUAUCGCGCUGUUAAAACGAUUAAAAGAACACCGAAGAGAUUUCAUAAAUAAAGUUUCAAUUAAUGUGAAAAGAAUUUUAAUUCAUUGGGAAAGUUAUGAAAUUUUUUAUUUUUUUACAAUGACGCCACAAGAUGAUGAAUCAAAUGCACCAACACUGACCAUCAACAAGUUCAACGAAAAUGCGGUUUGCGUGGAGCGUCCAGUAGCAAAAACAUCAUUGACAUUCAACGAACAUGUUAUUUCGGUGCACUCGUUUUAUGGUAAACCCGUGGUGCCAUCCGCGAAGGUACAACCGACGACGACGACGGCAAUGACAAAUACGGCUAUUAAACCAGAACUUGAUAUUAUGGUGAAGCCGAAUAGUCGUGAAUUGGCUACAGCGAUUCCAAAGCUAAAACAAAGAUCCACAAAACCAAAGACAAAGCAGAAAUCAUUGGCCAGUCAAAUGAAGGUGCCGAGCCUUUGGCGUUAUAGCGGCAAAAUAAAAAUCAAUCGAUUCAAACAAAAGUAUCGUACGCAUAACAAGUAUAUAAAGAAAAAGUCACAUAAAACCAGUGCAAAUAAUAAUACAUUGACAAGCAAUAAUACGGAAAAUGUGCCACCGAUUGGUGCCGAAUUUACGUCACGCAUCGAACAAAAUUUGCGGUUGCAGAAAAUAUUGAAGGAUCAAACAAACGCAUUUGCCAUAUCUCGUGACAUUAACUGGAAUGGUUUAGCUAAAGUAAACGAUUCACAAACACUGCAACCGAAAAUCUUUUUGAGUAGUGAUGGUGAAGAUGACGAUGAUGACGAUGAAGGUGAUAAUGUAUUAUUAUCACCAUCGUUAAAUGCCAACGAAACAUAUGAAGAAGUUGAAGUUGAUGUGGAAGAGCAAAACACGGGGCAAAACACGAAUCGGAAAUUUUUCAAGUCAAAAAAUAAUGGCGGUUCAACAAAAAAGUAUCGUAUUAUGGGACGUUUGAGUGCCACAUUAAAACGUGGUGGUGAUUUGAAGUUCGAUCCACUGCCAAAACGAAAGAAAAAGCUUCCAAAUAAUGAUGGUGAAACUGUAAUCCUACACAAUGAAAUCAGCAGUAUCAUUGAUCGUUUGUCAUCUCCAAGAAAGAACAAACCUGUUGCAAGCAUGGCGGCUGCUGAUUCAGAUAAAGGGCACAUUAUCGAAAAGGAUGUUACGAAUGAGCAACCACUUCAAAACCAAACCGAUAAAUUGGAUUAUAUCGAUGAGAUGCCAAUUCAAAAAUCUCCCAAUGUGGAUAAUUUGAUUGAUACAGUUGCAUCUGAUGUUGGUAUGGAAAAGUAUCGUCAAACGGUUCCAUACAAUACAGUGGAUCCGGAUAAGAUAAGUCAACAAGAAUCUAUACUGGAGCUGCUAAUAUCCAAUGGUAUCUGUAAUGAUGAAACGUUUAAAAUUUUCAUUACCGAACCAGAUUCGCACAAAGAAAAAGCUUCGGAGAUAUUAGAUAGUUUAUAUUGUGUAAAUACAAUGAUACCUGUCGAAUACGAAAACGAAGGCAACAUCGAAUGGUCUGUGGAAUCAAUACCAAUUGUUACAACACCAGUUGAUUCAGUUGUAAUGCCAGACACCAUUGCGAUAUCAAUGAUUGAAACGAAUUCAAAUAGCAAUACAGAUGCAUGUCAUAUAACUCCAGUGAUUCAUAGCGAAACAGAAACUAUCGACAAUGUAAUGACGACCAAUGUGUCAACCAUUGCUCCAGAAAUGUCCAAAGAAACGAAUGCAACAAUAUCGGAUAAAUUAUUCCCAAUUUUCAAAAAAAAUUUCAACGCAAAAGAUUCAAAAGCACCUUCAUUCAAUGCACUAAAUAAAUCCUCAAAAGAUUGGCAACCGAUUGACAAUCAAUAUCAACUUGAUGUUGGCCAAAAAGAAUUUGGCUUGCGUACAUGUACACAAUGCAAUAUGCAGUACAGUGUGCAUGAACCAGAAGACGAGUUACUGCAUCAAAAAUAUCACAACUGUGUGAACAUUUUAUCGUUUAAAGUAUGGAAUAAUGAACGGAUUGUGACACAAAUACCGGAGUGGGGCCUAAGUGGCCGUAUUAUUUACGUAUGUGAAGCGGAUAACAAAGCAAAAAAAGAUCGAGCCAAAGAAGUGGUUGAAAUGAUAGACAAAGAUCUUGGAUUUGCUGCCGGCAUUCCUCUUAAACCAAAAACUUUGGUGUAUUUUGCAAUAGCAAAACAACAAAUAGUGGGAGUUUGUGUCGUGCAACCACUAGAAUAUGCACAUCGUUUAAAACAAGAAAAUGGUAUCGAUUGUUGCUCUCUCGAAACAUACCCAGUAAAAUGCGGAAUUUCUCGAAUUUGGGUCUCACCACAGUAUCGACGUCACGGUAUUGCGGCCAAGCUUAUUACAUCAAUGCGGGGCCAUUUCAUUUUUGGUGCAUUUUUAUCAUUUGAUGAAAUUGCGUUCAGUUCUCCAACAGAAGAUGGUAAAAAAUUUGCAGCCAAAUUGGCGCAACGAAGUGAUUUUCUCAUUUAUGAAAAGUAAACAAAAAGUGUGGUUCAACCAAGGGUUUGAGUCUUAAUAUUUAUUUUUUAUUGAAUAAAGUUAAUUAAAUAUUUUAUUAAAUAUUAAA